AAAAGGCACCGGAUUAAGUCAAAUUCAAAUGUUCCAUGUGUCCCAAAAGACUUGUUGAUGAUGUCAGAGUUAGUUCUUCCACAGUUCAUCUUUAGUCUUAUUCAGCACUUAAGAGAGGGGUAUAAUGAACCUGCUCUUGAUCUGCCAUCAGAGAAAGAUCUUCAUAAAAUCCUCCAAGUUUUGGAGCCUCAUGUUUCUUUUCUAGAAGACUUGACUAAAAUGGGAGGAGCAAUGCGAUCAGUUCUUACCCAGGUUUUGACUAGCCAACAGUUCUACAAAAAUCUUACCUCUGGUGUUGGAGAGAAUGCAUAUGCAAAGAAAAGUCAUGAAAAGUACCUAAUUGCUUUGAAAGGCUCUGGACUGGCAUUUCCUGAGGAUAAACUUGCAUGUGGUAUGCAGGAACAAGGAGCUGGAACUAGCACAUUAGCAGUUCAAGGUUUAGCAGGUGCUACGACAACAUCAGGACAAGGGGAUUCUUCAGAUGAGGAGGACCAGGAUGGUAGCCAAGGUGUGGGCAAGCGCAAGAGAGUGAAACUAAGCAGCACCACCAAAGAUCAAUCUAUCAUGGAUGUUUUGAAGCAUAAAUGUUUUCUAGAAGAAUUAUUAUUUUGGACAAUAAAAUAUGAGUUUCCACAGAAGAUGGUGACUUUCUUACUCAACAUGCUGCCAGAUCAAGAUUAUAAGAUUGCUUUUACCAAAACUUUUGUCCAGCAUUAUGCUUUUAUUAUGAAAACGCUGAAGAAAAGCCAUGAAUCAGACACAAUGUCUAAUAGAAUUGUGCAUAUCAGUGUUCAGUUAUUCAGCAAUGAAGAACUAGCACGCCAAGUAACAGAAGAAUGUCAGCUGCUGGAAAUUAUGGUCACUGUUCUGUUGUACAUGAUGGAAAGUUGCCUUAUUAAAAGUGAAUUGCAAGAUGAAGAAAACAGUUUACAUGUUGUGGUGAAUUGUGGGGAAGCACUGCUGAAGAAUAAUACUUAUUGGCCCCUGGUUAGUGAUUUUAUAAACAUACUCUCACACCAAAGUGUGGCAAAGAAAUUUUUGGAUGAUCAUGGUCUUUUGGUAACAUGGAUGAAUUUUGUAUCAUUCUUUCAAGGUAUGAAUUUAAAUAAACGAGAAUUAAAUGAACAUGUGGAGUUUGAAUCACAGACUUAUUAUGCUGCCUUUGCUGCUGAGCUGGAAGCCUGUGCCCAGCCAAUGUGGGGUCUUCUGUCACACUGCAAAGUCAGGGAAACACAGGAGUACACAAGAAAUGUUGUCAGAUACUGCCUUGAAGCACUUCAGGACUGGUUUGAUGCAAUCAACUUUGUAGAUGAGCCAGCUCCUAACCAAGUUACUUUUCAUUUGCCACUGCACCGUUACUUUGCCAUGUUUUUAAGUAAGGCUGUCAAAUGCCAAGAACUAGAUCUCGAUACUAUCUUGCCAGAUCAGGAAAUGCUGAUGAAACUAAUGAUUCACCCACUUCAGAUUCAGGCAAGUCUUUCUGAAAUUCACAGCAACAUGUGGGUUAGAAAUGGUCUACAAAUUAAAGGACAGGCCAUGACUUAUGUGCAGUCUCAUUUCUGCAAUUCAAUGAUUGAUCCUGACAUUUAUCUGUUGCAAGUCUGUGCCUCUAGGCUGGACCCAGAUUAUUUUAUUUCAUCUGUUUUUGAAAGGUUUAAGGUGGUAGAUCUGUUAACGAUGGCAUCACAGCAUCAAAAUACAGUUCUUGAUUCAGAGCAUGAAAGGUCCAUGUUGGAAGGAGCUUUAACAUUUUUGGUCCUUCUGUUAAGUCUUCGUUUACAUUUAGGAAUGACAGAUGAUGAGAUCCUCAGAGCAGAGAUGGUAGCCCAACUCUGUAUGAAUGACAGGACACACAGUUCAUUAUUGGAUCUCAUUCCAGAAAACCCCAAUCCUAAAAGUGGCAUUAUUCCAGGAAGCUUAAGCUUUGAAUCAGUCUUGUCAGCAGUUGCUGAUUUUAAAGCUCCUGUUUUUGAACCUGGAGGUUCUAUGCAGCAAGGAAUGUAUACACCUAAAGCUGAAGUUUGGGAUAAGGAAUUUGACCCUGUCAUGGUAAUACUUCGAACAGUUUACCGUAGAGAUGUGCAGUCUGCAAUGGACAGAUAUACAGCAUUUUUAAAGCAAAGUGGUAAAUUCCCUGGGAACCCAUGGCCGCCUUACAAGAAAAGAACGCCACUACAUCCAAGCUACAAAGGUCUCAUAAAGCUUUUACACUGUAAAACCCUGCACAUUGUUCUGUUCACGCUUCUUUACAAGAUGUUAAUGGAUCAUCAGAAUUUAUCAGAACAUGUGCUUUGCAUGGUUUUAUAUUUGAUUGAGCUGGGGUUGGAAAAUUCUCCAGAACAUGAGUCAGAUGAAGAGGAAUCUGCAAGUGGACAAGAGCGUUGCCAUGAUAGUUGGUUUCCAGGUAGUAACUUGGUUUCUAACAUGCGUCACUUCAUUAACUAUGUCCGAGUAAGAGUACCAGAAACUGCUCCAGAGGUGAAGAAGGAACCACCUGCAAGUACAAGUUCUGAUGGUUUAGCUUCAUCACAAAGUUCAAGGCGGAAGAGCCUCCAGAGAGAGAACUCGGGGACAGCUCAAGUGUUUAGUUUGGUCGCAGAACGUAGGAAGAAAUUUCAAGAGAUCAUCAAUCGCAACACCAAUGAGGCAAAUCAGGUGGUUCGGCCAAAAACAUCCAUGAAAUGGUCAGCACCUGGUGCAACUCCACAGUUAACCACAGCCAUUCUGGAAGUGAAGGAAAGCAUACUGUCCUUGCUGAUUAAAUUGCAUCACAAACUCUCAGGAAAACAAAACUCUUACUAUCCUCCUUGGUUGGAUGAUGUGGAUGUUUUAAUCCACCCAGAAAUUCCAAGAUACUCUCACGGUGAUGGAAUGACAGCAGUGGAAAGGAUUUUAUUGAAAGCUGCUGUACAGAGCAGAUUGAAUAAGCGUAUAAUUGAAGAGAUUUGCAGAAAGGUGACACCUCCUGUACCACCAAAGAAGAUUAGUUCUGCAGAGAAGAAAACUUUGGAUAAAGAAGAAAGACGACAGAAGGCCAGAGAAAGGCAACAGAAAUUGUUGGCUGAAUUUGCAUCAAGGCAGAAAAGCUUCAUGGAAACUGCUAUGGAUGUUGAAUCGCCAGAUGCCGAUGUAGCCAUGGAGAUCGCUACAUCAGAGCAGCAUGUUUCUGAAGCAAUAUAUGAUUGUGUUAUUUGCGGACAAAGUGGUCCUUCUACUGAAGACAGACCUACAGGGCUAGUUGUACUAUUACAAGCAUCCUCAGUGCUGGGACAGUGCCGCAACGGCACUGAACCAAAGAAGCUGCCAACAUCGGAAGAGGAGCAAAUAGACUCUGAGGAUACCUGUGCAACGCUGCAUGCUGUGAGGCGUAGAACUUUACAGAGGUACUUCAAAGAUAGUUCCUGCCUGCAAGCAGUGUCAAUAGGCUGGGAAGGAGGUGUUUAUGUACAAACUUGUGGUCACACUUUACACAUAGAUUGUCAUAAAUCUUACAUGGAAUCUUUACGGAAUGACCAGGUCCUCCAGGGUUUUUCAGUGGACAAAGGAGAAUUUACCUGUCCCCUCUGUAGGCAGUUUGCUAACAGUGUUCUUCCUUGCUAUCCUGGAAACAACGUGGAAAGAAGCCUUUGGCAAAAUCACAGUAACAAGUGUAUGCAAGAUCUUGUACAAGAGGUGGAAGAUCUUCAAGAACAGCUGGGAACAUUCCCAGUAAGCAUCAGUUCUGAAACAAAUCUCAGUAAAGAAAUGGAAUCUGUAAUGAAAGAUAUAAAAAGUACCACACAGAAGAAGUAUACAGAUUAUAGUAAGAGUCAGGGAUCACCUGACAAUGAUUUUCUGUUUAUGUAUUCAGUAGCCAGAACAAACUUGGAACUCGAACUGGUCCAUCGAGGAGGGAAUUUAUGUUCAGGAGGUGCAAGCACAGCUGGGAAAAGAUCAUGUUUAAAUCAGCUCUUCCAUGUGUUGGCCAUGCACAUGCGCCUCUACAGUAUAGACUCUGCAUACAAUCCCUGGAGAAAACUAACCCAGCUGAUGCAGGAUAAAAAUUCAGAGUUGGCAAGUGAAGAGCUGCCAGAAGUUCCUGUGCUUUACAGAGAUGUCUCAUCCCUUUUGCUUAUCCAGAUUUUAACCAUGCCUCAGCCAUUGCACAAAGAACACUUCACCUGCAUUAUAAAAGUGCUGUUCACUUUACUGUAUACUCAAGCCUUGGCAGCAGUUUCUGUUAAAUGCAGUGCUGAAGAUAGGAUGGCAUGGAAGGAGUCAGGAGCUCUCAAAAAGAAUACAUCCAGUGGAGAAAAAUCCUGGGAAGUAUUGCUGGGUCAUGUGAUUACUGAGCUGUCUAAGGGGAAGAUAUAUGAAGAAGGAGAGACUGAAGAAUUAACAGUGGUAAAUCCUGAUUCUGUAGAGUGCUAUCUGCAGCAGUUCUGCCUGCCUUUCCUCAGGAUCACAAGCCUUCUUCAACACCAUCUUUUUGGAGGAGAUUUACCUAGUUGCCAGGAAGAUGAAGAAUUCACAGUUCUUGCAAGUUGCCUGGGUCUAUUACCAUCUUUUCAGUCAGCUCAUCAGUUCACCAGUGCCUCUUGUCUCGACUGGCCAGUGCCAGCAUUUGACAUGAUAUCACAGUGGUGCUCAGAAUUAGCUUCCUUUGCAGAUACACAUCCAGAUCAAGUAAAGGUUUUGCUUAUCCAGGAGCCCAAGUGGGACUUGCCACGCCUCCUCCAGUUGCCUGAGAAUUAUAAUACCAUUUUUCAGUAUUAUCACAGAAAGACUUGCACUGUUUGUUCCAAGGUUCCUAAAGAUCCUGCUGUUUGUCUAGUUUGUGGUACUUUCGUAUGCUUGAAAGGACUAUGCUGCAAACAACAGAGUUACUGUGAAUGUGUACUGCAUUCUCAGAACUGUGGAGCUGGGACAGGAAUAUUUCUUUUGAUUAAUGCGUCUGUAAUCAUCAUCAUACGAGGUCAUCGCUUCUGCCUUUGGGGUUCUGUUUAUCUUGAUGCACAUGGUGAAGAAGACAGAGAUCUUAGGCGUGGUAAACCCCUCUACAUAUGCAAGGAAAGAUACAAAGUGCUUGAGCAGCAAUGGGUGUCUCAUACUUUUGAUCAUAUCAAUAAACGAUGGGGGCCACAUUAUAAUGGCUUGUAAAUCACCAUGGUCAUCACCUACAUGCUGUAUCAUUGCUGUUCCCGUGAAUGAAUGCAUCUUGACUGACAAUAGCUUUAACUGAAUGGGAGUUCAGCUUUUUGUCUCGGGGUAGAGUGGGCUACGGGCAUAAAAGGGAAAUGGAACUUUGUCAACAUGUGAAGUUUUUGCAAAAUUAGCUGCUGUUGCUACUAAAUAAUGAUAAAGUAAGUUGAAAUUAAAUCGUCAAAAUUGUGUGAGAAAUCUGAUUGCACUCAGUAGUCCAUUUUUCUUCUGUUUUUUAAAGCCCAUUAAUGUUAAGAAGCACAAAUUGUACCUACAGUUUAGAGGCUCCAGGUAUACCUGCUGGGUUUUUAUUUUUCUCUGCAUGGAAUUGAGUUUUUAGCAGUUUUUGCUGAAACAGCGUAUGUGUCUACUACAUCUACUAACUAUGUUGG